AGUUGUAACCCCUAACUCUCUUUUUUCACUUUACGCCGGCAUACAAACUUGAACGCUUGCUUCUUCUCCGAGGAGGUUCAAAUACUACUAAGAAACAAUGUCGUCAUUAUGUGUUCCUCCCCAAUUUGUUUCACUUAAGCUCUCUGAAUUCAAUUCUCGAAAGCUGUUGGGUUCAUUUGCUUCUCCAAAAAGAGAUUUUCGGGUAUUUUCCAUGUCGAUAGAUGUAAAAGAGGCAUCAAAUUUCAUCUCAGCAGCUCCAAUAUUUUUGCCUGAAGGACCAUGGAAGCAGAUUCCUGGUGGAGUUACUGCUGCUGAAGGAUUCAAAGCUGCAGGGAUGUAUGGAGGAUUGCGAGCAGCAGGACAGAAGCCUGAUCUUGCACUUGUCACUUGUGAUGUAGAUGCCAUAUCUGCAGGGGCAUUUACUAGAAACGUGGUUGCAGCUGCACCCGUUCUUUAUUGCAAAAGUACAUUACAAAAAUCUACAACAGCCCGUGCAGUCUUGAUAAAUGCUGGUCAAGCAAAUGCAGCCACGGGGGAUGCAGGUUACCAAGAUGUAAUAGAUUGUUCAAAUGCCCUUUCCAAUUUACUUCAAGUAAGCCCUGAUGAAAUCUUGAUAGAAUCAACUGGAGUAAUUGGUCAACGAAUAAAGAAGGAGCCUCUUCUUAAUUCACUUCCUAAGUUAAUUAGUUUGCUUUCAUCAAGUGUCAAGGGAGCAGAUUCUGCUGCUGUGGCAAUAACAACAACUGAUCUUGUGAGCAAGAGUGUAGCAGUAGAGUUUGAGGUUGGUGGAAGCCGUAUAAGAAUCGGGGGAAUGGCAAAAGGUUCCGGAAUGAUCCACCCAAACAUGGGAACACUUCUUGGUGUUAUAACGACUGACGCUUGUGUAGAUACUGACAUCUGGCGAAAGAUGGUACAGGUUGCUGUGAAUCGAAGUUUCAACCAAAUCACUGUAGAUGGGGAUACUAGCACCAAUGAUACCAUUAUUGCUUUGGCUAGUGGUUUAUCUGGAUCAAACAGGAUAUCAUCAUUACACAGUUCUGAAGGAAACCAACUCCAAAUGUGCCUUGAUGCGGUAAUGCAAGGGCUUGCCAAAUCAAUAGCAUGGGAUGGAGAAGGGGCAACAUGUCUGAUAGAGGUGACAGUGAGUGGUGCAGGGAGUGAAAGUGAAGCAGCAAAGAUUGCACGUUCAGUGGCAUCUUCUUCACUUACCAAGGCGGCAAUUUAUGGUAGGGAUCCGAAUUGGGGGCGGAUAGCCUGUGCUGCAGGGUACGCGGGGAUUUGUUUUGACUCAAAUGCCCUUAGAAUAGCACUUGGAGAUAUUCUGCUUAUGGAAGGAGGCCAACCACUUCCAUUUGAUAGGUCAGCAGCUAGUAAUUACCUGAAAGAGGCUGGUGAUGCCCAUGGCACUGUCAAAAUUCAAAUAUCCAUAGGGGAUGGACCAGGAACAGGGUUAGCAUGGGGAUGUGAUUUAAGUUAUGAUUAUGUCAAGAUUAAUGCAGAGUACACCACCUAGAGACUAGAGACUAGAGAGUAUAGACUCUGCUAUUUCAGUUUUAUUAUGUUCUAUAAGAUAUAUAUGAACGAAGAUGUACUUGCGGAUAUUUUGUGUGUUACUUUAUGGUGAUUCUGGGAACUUAAAUUCAGUUAGCUUCAGUA